GAGUAGAGGCACUGUAAGAGUAUCUCUCAGGGUAGCUAGUAGGCUUCUGCCAUAGUGGCUGACUUAAUGACUGAGUGAGAGAAUGACAGAGGAGGAGUGGACUCUCUCUCUUCUUCUCUCUCUCUCUCUCUCUGCAGAAUUCGUCCAGUCCCUUCUGGCAGGCGAUCGGAACGGGAACAGCUUUUCUGUGAUUCAGGAUACACACACAAAGCAUUCUGGACACUGUCAGCUAAUGCUCUGGGAAGGGAAAUAUGUGGACAGUUUAUUGAGUGAAGUUGGAGUGUUUUUGUGAAGUUGGGAGAAGAGGUACAUUGAGUGAGUGAAAUUAAAGUGAACUUGGGACAGUGUGAUAGUUGGACUGGCUUUGUCCUGAUUGUUUGGAAGGACUAUGGCAGGGGCAGGCAUUACCAGGAAGGGUUCUGGAAGACCCUCGUACUACUACAGGUUUCUGGGACGCACUCGUCUCCAACGGCAGCGCAGCAGGUCCCGCAGCCGCAGCAGACCAGCAGCCAGCAGGGGAUCUCCCCCUGAGAGAACAGGCCGCAGACGGAGUAUGCCCGGUAGCACCCCGGACAAGACCAUACCACCCAUGGAACCUGCCGCCGCAGCCACGCCCUUCAGAGUCACCGGCUUUCUGAGUCGGAGGCUGAAGGGUUCUAUAAAGCGUACUAAGAGCCAGCCCAAACUGGACCGUAACUCCAGCUUCAGACACAUCCUGCCUGGAUUCAGGAGUGUGGACAAUGAGAGUUCUAAUCUGAUGCCGAGGCUGAAGGAGUCUCGCAGCCACGAGUCGUUGCUCAGCCCCAGUAGUGCUGUGGAGGCCGUGGACCUCAGCAUGGAGGACGAGGUGCUCAUCAAACCUGUUCACAGCUCCAUCCUCGGACAGGACUACUGCUUCCAGGUCACCACCUCAACAGGAAGUAAAUGUUUCUCCUGUCGAUCUUCAUCAGAGAGGGACAAGUGGAUGGAGAACCUGAGGAGAGCCGUCCACCCCAACAAGGACAACAGCCGUCGGGUGGAGAACAUGCUGAAGCUGUGGAUCAUCGAAGCCAAGGACAUUCCGGCCAAGAAGAAGUACUUCUGCGAGUUGUGUCUGGACGACACCCUGUAUGCCCGCACCACCUGCAAGCUCAAGACCGACAACGUCUUCUGGGGCGAGCACUUUGAGUUCAACAACCUCCCGGCUGCCAAGAGCAUCACGGUCCACCUCUACAAGGACUCGGACAAGAAAAAGAAAAAAGACAAGAACAAUUACAUCGGACUGGUCAACAUCCCAGUCGCCGCGGUGACGGGAAGGCAGUUCAUGGAGAAGUGGUACCCGGUAAGCACUCCGACGCCUAACAAGGGAAAGACGUCAGGGCCCAUGAUUCGGAUCAAGGCCCGCUACCAGAGCAUGAACAUCCUGCCUAUGGAGAUGUAUAAGGAGUUUGCAGAGUACACCACCAAUAACUACAUGUUGCUGUGCUCCGUGCUGGAGCCUGGCAUCAGUGUGAAGAACAAGGAGGAGAUGGCUUCUGCCCUGGUCCACAUUCUACAGAGCACCGGCAAGGCCAAGGACUUCCUGACAGACCUGAUGAUGUCAGAGGUGGAUCGAUGUGGGGAGAACGAGCACCUGAUCUUCCGAGAGAACACGCUGGCCACCAAGGCUAUAGAGGAGUACCUCAAACUAGUGGGGCAGAAGUACCUACAGGAUGCACUCGGUGAGUUUAUCAAGGCGUUGUAUGAGUCAGAUGAGAACUGUGAGGUGGACCCGUCCAAGUGUUCGUCCAAUGACCUGCAGGAGCACCAGAGCAACCUGAAGAUGUGCUGUGAGCUGGCCUUCUGCAAGAUCAUAAACUCCUACUGUGUGUUUCCACGGGAACUCAAGGAGGUGUUUGCAUCGUGGCGACAGGAGUGCAGUAGCCGGGGGCGACCGGACAUCAGCGAGCGUCUGAUCAGCGCGUCUCUGUUCCUGCGUUUCCUGUGUCCGGCCGUUAUGUCCCCGUCGCUUUUCAACCUGAUGCAGGAAUACCCUGAUGACCGCACCGCACGCACACUCACACUCAUCGCCAAGGUCACACAGAACCUGGCCAACUUCGCCAAGUUUGGCAGUAAGGAGGAGUACAUGUCCUUCAUGAACCAGUUCCUAGAACAUGAGUGGACCAACAUGCAGCGCUUCCUGCUGGAGAUCUCUAACCCAGAGACCAUCUCUAACACUGCAGGGUUCGAAGGUUACAUAGACCUGGGACGGGAGCUGUCCACCCUGCACAACCUGCUGUCAGAGGUCGUCUCUACCAUGGACCAGAGCUCCGCCUCCAAGCUAGGCCCCCUACCCAGGAUCCUCCGGGAGGUGAACACAGCGCUGAACAACCCGUCCAGCAUGACCAUGAGCAUGACCCCUCCGUCCUCCUCUGACUGUAUGGGGUCACCGCCCAAUGCCGGGGCAGGCUGCAGCAUCUCCACCGGCCUACAGAAGAUGGUCAUCGACAAUGACCUUUCAGGGUUGGUGGACUUUACCCGGUUACCCUCCCCCACCCCGGAGAACAAGGAACUCUUCUUUGUCACCAGGAACGCUGGGAUCCAGCCCACCCCGGCCCGCAGCUCUAGCUACUCUGAAUCCAAUGAGCCCGACCUGGGCAUAGCCAACGGCAGCAAGAGCCUGUCCAUGGUGGACCUCCAGGACCCCCACAGCUUAGAGAGGGGCCCAGGCCCUGGCCCGACAGACGGCCUGGGAGAGGGCAUCGUUCCCGGGGGAGUGUGGUCGGCCCGAACCCCCCAGGGGAACAUCACUGGAGGUCCUACUCUGAGAAGGCCCGUCCAGACCCCCACCACCCCCGGAUCGGAGAGCGCCCCAGGCAGACCUGCUCAGCUUCUAGCCCCCCUGUCCUUCCAGAACCCUGUCUACCAGAUGGCGGCAGGGCUGCCCUUGUCGCCGCGGGGCCUGGUCGACUCGGGUUCUGAGGGCCACAGCUCCCACAGUUCCCAUAGCAACAAUGAGGAUGGGCCAGGAGGAGGAGGGGGGAUACACAACUCCUUCCUGAACCACGGAGUAGGAGGUGGGGGGAGCAGCGUGGAGGAGUAUGCCCGUCGUUCGGGGGAGUUCAUACACGCGAGGCAGCUGUCACUCACAGAGGCCCAGCACCAGCCCACCGUGCCCAGACAGAAUAGCGCCGGCCCCCAGCGCAGGAUAGACCAGCCCCCUCCACAGACCACCGUCACCAGGGGCCGCACGCCGCCAAACCUGCUCAACAGCGGGCCCUACCCGCGCCCCUCCAGCAGCAGCAUGAUGUCAUCCCCCGACUGGCCCGGCAACGGGGCGCGGCUACGGCAACAGUCGUCAUCAUCAAAAGGAGACAGCCCAGAGAGCAAGCAGAGAGCCCAGCACAAACAGGCCCCCUCCCCAGUGAAGCCCAAUGCACUGGACCGUACGGCUGCCUGGCUGUUGAAUAUGAAUGUUCAGUAUGUAGACCAUGAGGGGAUGGACCCCGAGUUCAGAAACAGAGAGGAUCUCACUCAGGCCGAGAAGUACCAGCAGGAGAUUGUGGUCCUCCAGGAGAAGCUGCGUGUGUCGGUCCAGAAGCUGGAGGAGUAUGAGGCUCGUCUGAAGGGUCAGGACGACGGUGCUCAAAAGGUGCUAAUGGAGUACCAGGCACGGCUGGAGGAGUCUGAGGAACGCCUGAGAAGACAGCAGGAUGACAAGGACCUCCAGAUGAAGGGUAUUAUAAGCAGGUUAAUGUCGGUGGAAGAGGAGCUAAAAAAAGAUCACAAUGACAUGCAGGCUGUGGUUGACUCCAAACAGAAGAUCAUUGAUGCACAGGAGAAACGUAUAGCGUCCCUGGACACGGCCAACGCCCGUCUGAUGAGUGCCCUGACCCAGCUGAAGGAGCGCUACAGCAUGCAGACCCGUAACGGCAUCUCCCCCACCAACCCCACCAAGCUCCAGAUCACUGAGAAUGGAGAGUUCAGGAACAGCAGCAACUGCUAGAGGCAGAGAGAAAGAGUGUGUGUGUGUGUGUGUGUGUGUGUGUGUGUGUGUGUGUGUGUGUGUGUGUGUGUGUGUGUGUGUGUGUGUGUGUGUGUGUGUGUGUGUGUGUGUGUGUGUGUGUGUGUGUGUGUGUGUGUGUGUGUGUGUGUGUGUGUGUGUGUGUGUGUGUGUGUUUGCUGGUGCUUGUAGAGGACACUUCCUUAUAUGGACACUACAUGGUGAGGAGACCACUGCCAGGGGCCAAGCGAGGAGGCGGGUCUUCAGUUUGACAGACAGCAGACCAGGAAAGAGACAGCGAAUCAAUGGACAGAGCUAAACACCAGAUGGGCCCUGCAGAGGAGAAGCCGGGACAAGCUGUAGACAUGAACUGAACUCUCCGUCAAUCAAUCGACUUGGAUGUUUCCAUUGGAUGUAUGCAGUUGCUGGGACAAUUUCAGACUCUCUUCCCUAAAGCUUGGGUCAAACCACUAUAUAAUCAACACAUUGUCUGUCAGAUAGUCACCGAAAACCUCUUUACUCUCCUCUUCUCUUCUUCUCUGUUCUCUGUUCCUCUCCUCUUUUCUCUUCUCUGUUUUCCUCUCCUUUCCUGACCUCCUCUCUUCUUCUCUCUGCUAGGAACAGGUUAUGUGGACCUUGUACGAAACAAUAACAAAAACAAUGGUUUAUUUAGAUCUUAUCUCAUUCUUUUAAAAACCAAAUAGGAGCUUUGAAAUAUUUUUUGUCCAAACUGAUCUUUAUUUUUAAGUCCCUGAGUGUGUUCCAAAGUGCCCCACUAUCCCCUACCCCCAUGUCCCCUACAUAGUGCACUUUGUGAAAGUCAUUGGUACAUGAAACGCCUUAAGUAAGGAACACACCUCUACUUUGUCCUUCAGCCCCCUUCUUCCUGCCAUAAAAGGCACAACUUAUAAUACUGUGGAUUUGUAAAGGAAUACAUAUACUGUAUAAAUACAUCACGUAAUGUAUUAUAAACCCUAAAUAAUGAACUAUAUGUGAGACUAUAUUAAUGAUAUUUAAUAUAGAUGUAUGCAUAUUUAUUUUUUUCCUCUAUAAAGUAUACAUGAGAUAUAGUUAUAUUUGAAAGACUGCAGCUAUAUACGUGUAUUAUAGGGCAUAGGGGGAGAGACUGCAGCUAUACUGUGAGUAGCACCAUCAACAGAUUAAAUAGUUAGAAUGCUAUUUUAUUUCUUCUAAACCUUUAGUUUAUCCAGGUUUUCUGGACAGACCUGGUUGGGUCGAGGUUUGCUUUAGUGCUUCAUCAUUCAUGUUGAAUCAACGUUGAAUCAAUGUUGUAUGUUGGUUGUAUGUCCCUCUGCAUUUGGAGCUAUAGGACUGGCUCAUUGUAAUGGCUUGAAUGGAAUGAAUGGUCAAACAUGGUAACCACAUGGCAACCACAUGUUUGACUCCAUUCCAAAACUCCAUUCCAGCCAUUGCAAUGAGCCUGUCCUCCUAUAGCUCCUCCCACCAGCCAUGGUUGGUCUCAUAGCCCCUGUAGUACAAGGAGAGAGAGAGUUGUGUUGUUUAACACAACAUUAUACUAUACACUGGACUGGUGUCGGUCACGUGACCUCACAGAUUAGAAUAUUACUUUUUCUUAAAACUCUUAAGUAAGAAUGUUACUCUUAAAACUCCUGUUUGUAAAUUAAUGUCAAUGAAGCAUGCUGCAUCGAGACUGUGACCUCCCACUUCGCUUUCAAGCAUCUCUCUCUCCUCUAUUUUUCUCCCCUUCUCCUUCAUUCCCUCUCUCCCUCUCUCUCUCUCUCUCCUCUAUUUUUCUCCCCUUCUCCUUCAUUCCAUCUCUCCCUCUCUCUCUCUCUCUCCUC